AUGCCAAAUGCUGGAGGUAUAUGCCCCCCAACAAUUACACCUCUGAGAAAAAAAGUGAUUGGACAAACCUUGACAAGAGUGGAUUCAAAUACCUUAAUCAAACUCUGUUCAGAUACAAGUGGUUGUAAAAUCUAUUUUACUACUGAUGGCACUAAACCAAGUCCUUUUAAGCGCAAAGUGGCUGGCCAGGAAGUCACUUUCAAAUAUCUUGCUCCAUUCACACUGAAACAGGGUAAAAGGACAAUCAAAGCAAUUGCUGUUUCCAGAGAUGGGCUUCAAGAAAGUGCCGUCAUUACAAAAACCUUAAUUGUAGAGAAUACUCAGGAACAUACAACUGAUGAUUAUUAUGACAUGGAUUUGCCAUAUUCUGAUCUAAAGCAUAAUUCAUCUAUUCGUAACUCUGGGAAGCAGAAUUUGUCUCUUCCUGAGUCAAUGAAAACAAAUUACAAGCAAGCAUGGACUGUACCUACCUGUGUUAAUAUCUCAGACACACCUAAAGAAGUGGAUAACCCAGCUGUCCCUUUUUAUCCAACAAAUUAUUCUGGAACACAAAUUAAUAUGUUUGGAAUUCCAGCUGAUAAAUUACCUUUUGGAUUGCAAGAUUUCUACACUGGAAUCAGACAUCCAACACAAUUUGGAUUCAUUACCGAACAAAUGAUUCAGGGUCUUUAUCCUCCCUCAAAAGCUGUGACAAUUGGAGAUAUUAGAAGACUACUUGAAGAAAACAAAAAGCUUAAUUCAUCUCAAGCUUCUCCACCACCAUUGCCAGAACCACUUCCUAAAGUUGAAAUGAAAGAGCAAUCACCCAACAAAGAACUUCCUCUUGAAAAUAUUAAUUCUGGACAAGGUGAUAUCAAAUCUCAAAUCAUGCACAUUUCUGCUCAUAUACUUCAAUAUGCAAAAUCAGAUGAGAACUUUGCUAGAAAUAUUGCUCAAUCACAAAUGGGAAAAAUGUUAACUGCAGACUUUUCAGAUGAAGGAGAUGGAUACAAAAUUACAUUAUUUAUGACAAAACCUGGAAAUACAAUCCCUGAAAUAAAAAUGAAUUUAAAAAAAGAGAAGAAAUAUGAUGUACCCAGGAAAGCAGACAUAUCUAAAAUACAAACAAAGAAGAAAAUCCAGAAAUCUGAUCCUUACUUUGAAAUGGAGACUGAAGACAUUUCUCAAGAAGGUACUGUGAAGCCUUACCCUAACUUUAAUGCAGAAUCUGAUUGUAAAAUGUUACAUUCUGCUAUGAAAGGAUUAGGAACGGAUGAAGAUGCUAUUAUCAAUAUUCUGGCCUACAGAUCAAACACUCAACGCCAAGAAAUAAUUAAAACUUUCAAAACAAUGUUUGGCAAGGAUCUUAUUAAAGAGUUAAAAGGAGAACUUAGUGGAAAUUUGAAAGAAUGUGUAAAAUCCCUCUGUAUGAAACCAGCAGAAUUUGAUGCAGAACAAUUGCAUAAUGCUAUGAAGCAUUUUGGAACUGAUGAAAGUGUUUUGAUAGAGGUUUUGUGUACACGGUCAAAUGAACAAAUUAAACAGAUAGUAUUCACAUACCAUGAAAUUUUCAAUAGAGAUCUUGAAAAAGACAUUGUAUCAGAGACAUCUGGUCACCUCAAGCGCCUUCUAGUUUCUAUGGUUUCAGCUAAUAGAAGUGAAAGUAAAGAAAUCAACAAAAAUCAAGCUUAUCAAGAUGCUAAAGCUUUGUAUGAAGCUGGAGAGAAAAAAUGGGGAACAGAUGAGUCAAAGUUUCAUACAAUUCUGGUCACACGCAGUUUUCCUCAACUGAGAGCAAUAUUUCAAGAAUAUGCCAAAAUAUCCAAGAAAAACAUUGAAGAAGUUUUAAAGAGUGAACUCUCAGGUGAUUUUCUUCAUGGAAUGCUUACUAUAGUUUGCUGUGUAAAAAAUAAAGCCAACUAUUUUGCUCAACAACUGCAGAAGGCAAUGAAAGGUGUUGGAACAGAUGACAAUUCAGUAAUCCGUAUUAUAGUAUCCCGAUGUGAAAUAGACUUGGUACAAAUCCAAGAAGAAUUCUUUAAUAUAACAAACCAGCAAUUAGAAGACUACAUAGCUGGUGAUCUCUCGGGAGACUAUAGGAAAAUAAUUCUGUCUUUAAUAAGUACAACAAUGACACCUGAUUUGAACAAAGACGAAGCAAUGCAUGAAAUAUCACAAUGGAAAAGUAAACAAAUGGAGGGAGAAACACACACUAUCACAAAUUUCACUGGGACAUUUCCCACAGUGGUGCCUUAUUCUGAUUUCAAUUCAAAAAAAGAUUGUGAAACUCUACAUAAAGCUUUUAAAGGAUUUGGCACAGAUGAGAAAGCAAUCAUAAAUGUAAUAGCUUACAGAUCUUCAGAACAAAGAGUAGAAAUAAGAAAAGAUUUCAAGAAAAUAUAUGGCCAGGAUCUCAUUAAAGAGCUAAAAAGUGAAUUAAGUGGACAUUUUAAAGAUGUAGCUGUGAACCUCUUCAUGACAAUGACAGAAUUUGAUGCAACUCAACUAAAUAGAGCUAUAAAGGGCAUUGGAACAGAUGAGAAAGUCUUAACGGAAAUAAUCUGCUCAAGAAAUAAUGAGCAACUCAAAGAAAUAAAGAUAAUUUAUGAAAGAUUAUUCAAGAACAGCUUGGAAGCCGAUGUCUCAGAUGACACAUCUGGUGGUUACAAAAGAAUUUUGAUCAGCCUUCUUCAAUGUCUUCGACAAGAAGACAAAGCAAUAGAUUGUGUCUUGGCUAAGAAAGAUGUUCAACGAUUAUAUGAGGCUGGAGAGUCUAAACUUGGUACAGAUGAAGCUGUUUUCAUUGAUAUAUUUUGUACCAACAGCUUUGCUCAGUUGUUGACAAUUUUUAAAGAAUACAAGACAAUAUAUAAAAAAGAUAUUGAAGAUGUAAUAAAAGCUGAAAUGUCUGGAAAUACAAAGGACAGUCUUCUGGCCAUAGUGGAAUGUUCCCGUAACACAGCAGUUUAUUUUGCUACCAUUCUUUACAAGGCACUGAAAGGUUUUGGGACAGAUGACAAUACUCUGAUUCGGAUUGUUAUCUCCCGCUCUGAGAUGGACAUGGAAAAAAUUAAGGAAGAAUUCAAAAAAUUAUAUAAGCAAACACUCCAAGAUUUUAUCAAUGAUGACAUAUCUGGUGACUAUAAGAAGAUAAUAUUAGCUCUGGUGAAUGGAAACAAAAGGAGGGAAGAUCCCUGA